UAGGGGCGGCGGAAGGUAGUCGUGGCGCGUUGCGGCGCAUUUCAACUCGCAUCCUCGUCGUCUCGUACGAGUUUUUAACGCGACGAGUGUUUCGGGAGUUUCGUAGAGUGUCGGAAGUGAAAUUGUCGGGCGUUCAUGCCAACAUUCGUCGUCAGUCGGAUGCGAUGUAUUGUGCGAAGUUGUGUCGCGUUUAAUCGUAUUUUACAUUUUCUCCGUUGCCUCAUAUCCCGAGUUUCCGACGUAGAAAGAAGAUUAUUGUAAGGAGCAAGUACAAAUUUUGCGAGGAAAUGCAGGCUCAAGCUGAAGAAAAAUAUAUUGAUUAUUUUAGUUUCGCCAUUCCGCAUCCCAUGUGAGCGCAUCUUCAUUGGAUAUGUACUCGAACCACAUGUGGCCUGAACCGCCGAUUUUAUCGACAGUUUUAUAAAAUGGGUCUAGUUUAGUUGCAAGUAUUGUCGUUUGUGGCAGUGUAUUUCAAAGGCUUUUGACCACGAACUUAGGAAUAGGUAUAUCACGUCACGAAAAGACCCGAUUUCUUCUCGGCUGAUUACAGAGUUAGAAAUAUAAGUAUCUCAAAAAUGAAAGUGAAGAAAAUGAACCUGGACCCUCUUGAGUUACCAAAAGGAAAGAAAUCAGCAAUUACUAGAAAAACUCAAGGAGUUCAAAGUAAAAUAACAGAAGAGUUCCUUGGACAAGGAACUGAAUUGGCAGUUACUAGAAGAAAGAAAGAUUUGAGGAAAGUAACUACGAAGGAAAUUCUUGAACACAAUUUAAAAAAUGAUACAGAUAGUGAUACAUAUGAUAGUGAUGAAACAGAUAAAAACACAGAUGAUGAAGACAAAGAGCUUGAUAGCGAUAGCGAGAGCAAUUUGGAUCCUGUAGAAUACAAAAAAUCAUUAAUGAAAUUACAAAAAACUGAUCCUGAAUUUUACGAAUAUUUGAAAGAAAAUGACAAAGAUCUUUUAGAUUUUGAAUCAGAUAACGAAGAUGAUAACUCGUCUAUAAAUUCUGCUGAUAAGUACAUGUCUUGUGAAAAUUUAGAGGUUGCUAGUGCCAAUAGUGAUUUUCAAUCAGAAAAAGCUGAAAAUGAUAAUAAGGUCACUAUGCAACUACUGAAAACUUGGCAACAAGAAAUACAAAGAGACAAAUCCAUUAUUACUAUUAAAUGUGCUGUAGAGGCUUUUCAUGCAGCUUUGAACAGUAUUGCAAUAUCAUCGAAUAUAAAUACACAAUAUAAAGUAGAAGGAAAUGCAGCAUUUAAUGGUGUGGUACAAUUAUGUAUAACGCAUUUACCCGAUGCAUUUGGACAGUUUUUAAAACAAGAUACGGAAUCACAGGAAGAACAUAAAUCUAAAAGAUUUAAAAAAAUAGAAGAAGUUUUGAAAUUAUACCUAUCAGAUUUAGUUAAACUAUUGCAAAGUAUAGCAUUGUCAAAUAGUGCUGUUCUUAUAGUGCUUCUAAAGCAUCUUCAUCAAAUGCUGCCUUAUACCCAGUCGUUCUCCUCCUUAACUAAACAGCUAUUAGAAAUCUUGUUAAAACUAUGGUCAACUGCAAAAGAAACUGUUCGUGUCAUGGCCUUUUUAAAUAUUUUACGUAUUGCAGCUGGCAAAAAACUUGUACUUGAGAAACUAUUUGAGACUAUGUAUGAGAAAUACGUUCAGAAUACGAAAUUAGUUACAUUUGAUACAUUACCAGGAAUAGAUUUUAUGAGGCGUUCUUUGGUCGAGAUUUAUCUACUUGACCACAAUACUUCGUACAGACAUGCUUUUUUACACAUCAGGCAAUUGGCGAUUGAUUUAAGAAACAUCAUAACAUUAAAAAACAAGGAAAACUUUCAGACUGUAUAUAAUUGGCAAUAUAUAAAUUCCUUGCAUCUUUGGACAGAACUGAUAAACAAGACAAAAGAUAAAUCAGUAUUGCGAUCGCUAUUAUAUCCUUUAGUUCAGAUUAUUAUUGGAACAAUAAAAGUUAGCCCAACCACACAAUAUUAUCCAUUGCGAUUUCAUUGUUUAAAAAUGUUAAUAACCAUUUCUAAGGAAACUGGAACGUUCAUACCUAUCUUGCCGUUUCUUCUUGAGAUAUUGGAUUCUUACGAUUUUAAUAAGAGACAUAAAGCAGUUACAAUGAAACCUAUAUCUUUUGUUUGCAUUUUAAGGAUAUCAAAAUCACAAUUGAUGGAGAAUAGUUUCAAAGAUAAUAUUAUUGAAAUUAUUUAUCAACUUAUACUGGAGCAUGCGGCAAAUGAAAGUCACAGAAUAUAUUUCCCGGAUCUCUAUUUGUCUUGUAUAAUACAGUUAAAACAAUUUCUGGAGAAAUGCCACGUGGCAACUUAUUGCAAGAAGAUGAAACAACUUUUAAUUAUGAUUGAAGAAAAUAGAAGAUAUAUCGAGACUGAACGUGCUAAAGUAACACUAGAUCUGAAAAAUAUAGCAGAAAUAACAAAUUGGGAAAAUAGAAUAAAAACAGACAAUACUGCAUUAGUCAAGUUCUAUGCCUCUUGUAUUAAACUUCGUGAGUCCCAAAAACUUAAACUUCUUACAAGGAACGAAGAAAAAUCCAGCGGAUCUAUUGAGAAAAAAUUAACGAAGCAUAAAUUAGAUGAACAGAAUGCAGAAAAUGGCGAAGAAGAGAGUAAAUUUGAGAUUCGGACGAAAGAAAGGGAAAUUAAAGAAAGGCGACCAAAAUAAAAAAAAAUGAAAAAAUAAUCAAUAAUGAAAAUAUGUGGAGAAAAACGCAAAUAUUUAAGACAUAAUGAUGAUGGGUGUUAAAAAUACACGAACAAGAUCAUUGCGAUGUAUAUAACAGUGACAAUUUCUUAUGAAAAAAGUACAAAAGAUACAUAGGAUGCAAAACAUUUAUUUAAGACUUUGAUUUCAAAUUAGAUCAAUUCUGUACAUACACAAUAGCUACAAUUAUCCUCAGACUGUGUUAUAAAUUUACAAUUAAUUUUCUUUUAAUAUACACGCAUAUCACCGACAAGUAUAUAAUGACGUAAUGAUGAUAAACUAUGAAGGAUUCUUAAGUUAAUUCAACGAACCCGUUUAUUUUUUAUAGCAUUCCGUUAUAUCCAUUUUUGUGUUUUUAAACAUAAUAAACAUAGCAUUUUUAUAAAAAUAUAUCUUUAAUCACAAAAAGCAAACGCACAAUUUUUGCUCUAAUCACUUUAUCUACUUUACAAGAAGACGUUGCAUGCUUUUUUUUUAUUAGCAAAAGCUUCAAUCUGCAUGACGACAAAUGAAAUAUAAGACAUCAUUAUACAAUAUUGUGAUAUAAUUCAUAUCUGUAUUGGAACAGAUAUAUAUAUAUAUAUAUAUGUAUAUAUACUUGGUUAGUAUUAAAGUAUACAGACUACUCGUCGACAAUAAAAUCGCUUUGUCGCUAUACAAAUUGAAUAGAUUUUAACUUAUAUCGUUCUGCUGUGCUAUUUUUUUGGUACAAUUGGUGCGUUAGCAACAGCAAUAUAGUAUCGAAACAACGUUGCUUUACAACAAUUGAUGUUGGGGCAAAAAUGAAAAACUGCAAACAAAUGAAUUAUUGCGACAAAUAUAAAAUGAUAAAGAAAAAAAAAAAAGUUUUAUAGUUUAUUUAUAUAUCUAAACGAGCGAGAAGAGCAUAUUGCUUUACUAAUAUAUGUAUAUAUUUGUAAAAUAUAUACAUACAUGUUUUUAGUAGCCCUUAAGAGAACAUAGUAUACUCCUUAAUAAUAGCCCAAUCUGCCCCAUAAUAUAUAAAUCUUGAUAGGGCGGAGUUUAAGCGUUUUAAAAUAAAAUGUAACUAUUCUAAAACGUUUUUUUUUCUUAAUUAUAAAAUUAUUUAAAAAUUCGCAAUGCUUGAAACAAUUCAUAAAUACGCUGCGCCUAUACUUAAAUUUAUCCUAAAAAAGUGCGAGCCUACAGUUACGUAAUAAGAAGAAUGUAAUGUAACUGUUGGGCUCCUCAGACGUGCAUUCCUGUCUACAGAUCAAUGGGAUCAAUUAUGUAUCCCCUAGAUUCUCGGCAUUGUUUAUGUAAAAACGUAGACUUUAUUUCUCUUUGUUAUAUAAUAAUGAGAACACUAAUUAGUAAAACUUUCGAACUGUACAUUCAUAAAUCAUUGUAAGCAUUAAUAAAUGGGUACUCAUUUGGUUCGUCUUUUGUUCAUUCAUCUAAUUAAUAUUCACUAAUGUAUUUAAAAUUGUAUCUAACAGAGGAAAUAAAUCAUUUAACACUAAUUAUUACUUAAAUCGCACAAACUAAUCGCAUUGAAAUAACGCGUGUUUAUGUCAUAUAACAAUUUAUAGAAAUAAUCAAUUGAAUUGCUGCAAUAUCUUGACAUUUAACUUUUAAUGAGUCUAUCUAGUAAAGCGAUUUACGUUAGCCGAAGAAAAAAAGUGCAAUAAAAUAUUUGUGAUUAAAUUUGGGAUCGUACUUUUACAAAAUUAAAAUUGUGUGCAAUGUUCUUAUGAUUUAUAAUAAUUUUUUUAUAAAAUAUGUCCAUGCAACUAAAAAAUACCACUCGAGUCGAUAAUCAUUAUUACACUAGUUAAGACUACAAACUAGCAACAAGAAACUCUAACUUUGAAAAUCAUUUUUUUUCUUUUUGCAAAAUAGUGUUACAUCAUGCGACAUGGCAGAAACGGCAAUAUUUCUGCAUUUGAUUACAAAAUGCAUCCAUCAUUCACACACCAUAAUGUCAUUCUAUAUACAAGCUAGAAGUACAUAAACAAUAGUAGUCAACCUGUGAUAAAAAGUAAUCAUCUUACUUAGUAUUCUAAAGGCCAUGUCAUCUCGUACACUUUAAAAUUCUUACGAUACUGCAAACACACAUUGCAAUUACAGAAUCUCCUCUCAUUUCAUUACGCCAUCACAAGCUAGUAUCUGACCUAUUACAACUAUUUUAUAUAUAUAAAAAAAAGAAAAAAAA